AUGCAAGCAUUGAAAGCCGAAUUAGAGGCGAAAAAGGCAUCACUUGAAUAUACACGCUCAGAAUCACGUAAAUUGUACGUUGCAAGAAGAGAUAUUGAAAAAGAGCGCGUGAACUCGUAUCUAUCUGCACAUGAGGAGCGCCAAUUGGUCAAAAAGAGAUGCAUUCCCCCACAAGAGACUGUUCCGUGUCAGCCUAUUUCUUCUGCAGAAAAAAAGGAAGCAUUACCCCACCAAGCUUCUUACAGCAAAGCUGCAACGAUAAAGAUAAACACAAUUGAAAAUUCAGAGGAGAACCGAUUUUCCACGCUUCUUUUCGAGCAUCAAGACACACUUUCUCUCGAUCUCAAGAUGAACAAAGAACACGGCAUGACAUCACACGAAAAAUUGCUACUAGAAUGGGAAAAGGCCGAGAUCCGGCAAGAACCAACCAACGGACAGGUGCUCCAUCCUCAACUGCCCCACGAGCAUAAGCCCAGGGCAUUUCCGGAAAAUCAAAUGGCCCUGAAGGGCGUCGAAACGAAAAUGGACCAGCCUGAAUCUUUGCAUCUGAAGGUGAUUAGCGAAUUGCAGCCUGUUGUCAGGAACAAGCAGUUUCUUUCCGAAAUUUUUACCCAAACCAGCCAAUAUUUGAUGCCGUUUUUUGUGCUUUUGCAAGAACAAAAUAUUCCGGACUCGGUGAUUGAACACCUUAUGGAGAUUGUCGGCUUUUUGCAGACGAAACAAUAUGUCAAGGCAAACGACGCCUAUAUACGCCUCUCAAUAGGUAAUGCGCCAUGGCCUAUUGGCGUAACCAUGGUUUGUAUACAUGAGCGUUCAGCUCGGGAGCGUAUUCACUCGAAUCAGGUAGCACAUGUGCUAAACGAUGAGCGUCAACGCAAGUGGAUCCAGUCCAUCAAGCGGUUGAUUUCCUUUUGCCAACGCGCAUACCCACCUGCCCGUAUUACGCAGGCUCUAGGCUAG